AGAAAACUACGAAAUUUUUGUUUUACACAAACGCAAAAUUUAAACGUUGUUACCUAAAAUUUGAUAUUAGGCAAGACACUGUUAAGAUGGCUAAGAGUGUUAGCAAAAUUAGAGGAGCGCAAAUGCUUGGCAUUUCAAAUCGCUGGACUAAAUUUCCGAGUCAAGCCGCCUACAGUCACGUCGCUCAGUUGAAAACGAAAUCACGCGAUUCAGCUAUAUCCCAUGCCAUGCCUGAAAAUAAUAUAGAGUCGCUGCCAUCAUCUGUCUACAAUCGGAUGUCCGCAGUCAGUCUUCUCUGCGAGCAGAUUCAUGAGCGCAAAGGGCCUCCGCGAUCUAUGGAGAACGAUCAUGCUACCGUUCAGCUCAAUCGUUCCAAUUCAAUGCUGACUAAGCAUCAUUACGGAGCACUUCAGGCGCAGGAAAAGCUAACCCAACGUUUCCCGGAUAUAGUGCACAAGCUCAUGAAUAUCAUGUCGCAAGGCGUGAAGGAAUAUAAGGGCAAUGGGAGCGGCACACCAAUAUUGCAACAUGGAAGCAGAUGGAAGAAGCGCAACAGCUAUGAUUAUAAGCCGCAGCCUUUCAAUAAUGCCAAUAAAUGGAUAAUAAAACUGCCACAUGAUCCCGAACCAGCUGAUCAGAAAUGUGAUGUGAACGUGCUUCCCUUUCCCAACCACAUUUACAAAUUACCAAAAAUUAACACCAAAAUCGGACUUAGCCCACACAAGUCAAAGUCGGAGGUGAUUGAAGAAGACACGAACCAGUCAACAUUUAAGGUACCGCUCGGCCAUUAUUCGAGACCUGUGAAGCCGAAGAGAAAGCCGCUGGAACUUGGCAAAGCCAUACCUAUAUGUAAGACAAAUCGGCGCAAGCUAAAGAUGUUGGUACCGUUGCAGGUUGAGAAGUUGGCCGUAAUGCAGCGGGAUAAGCUCGAGCGAAGUUGGAACUUUGAUGGCAACUAUAUACCACGUCUAGAAUUUUAAGCAGGAUCUAUGCCAGUUUCUGUAUUUACGGCUAAUAUUUUAUUACUAUCCUUGAAACUCUCGAUUUAGAAGACGACAGUAGACUGCAAUAUGCAAACUCCUUUUCGCAUGUUCAAGCGCUCUCUAAAGACAAGAAACUUUCACUAGAAAGCAAUUUCUUUCGGGGCACUUCAUGAGCGCUGUGACAUUGAGUUUAUUGCCUUAAGAGAGCUAUGGAACACGCUGGAUCUCAACAGAUUUCUGAAGAAAACAUCAACUUCUCUCAAAAACAGUCAGUGUGGGGAAGAUUGCUGAAAAUAAAAAUUUAUCAAAGUCAAUAAAAAGUAAAAUAGAUUAAAA